UGAGACAUACCAGAGAAGAGUGAAACUCCAUAUGCUGCCUGGAUUUUAUUUCCUAGAGGAUUUACUUUCUAACAUGGACUGUAUUUGAAGAAUAAUCCACCUUCAUCUUUUGGAUUUACGACUUUUAUUUGGAUUUAAAGGGUUCGCGCAGUGACCAAGCGGCCAUGGAAGGUCAUGGAGCACGGAGUGAAAUGUCUCUGCUGAAAGUUUCUGCUGAGUGGUAGAGAUCCAGCAUGUAGCAGAGGUGAACAAGUCCCUUCACACCUGGGAACAAUCCAGCAACAAAAUGGGGAAUUCAUAUGCCGGGCAGCUGAAGUCUGCUCGAUUUGAAGAGGCUCUCCACAACUCCAUUGAGGCUUCGCUGCGCUCCAGCAGUGGAGACCCUCAGCCCAUCUUCACACAGCUCUACUUGGAGCCCGAGCAGUAUCCUGGUAACAUGGAAGAUAUAAAGCCAAAAGCUCACCUCCACAGUGUGGAGCCACCAGGCCAUGAGCUCACAAACAGCCACUCGUCCAAUGAUAUGGAGGAUCUGGAGGACGAUGAUGACUCUGACAGCAGCAGCCCUCCUCUUCCCUACCUACAAGCUCCUGCACCUGAAGGCUGCUGCACACUAGAUGGUUUCUGUCAGGCCGGCAAGGACCUCAGACUGGUCUCCAUAGCAACGGAGCCCAUUGAAAUCCCCGCAGGCUUCGAGCUGGUCGGCGCCAAGUCCCCUGGUGUCCCCGAGCACAUCCUGGUGUGUGCUGUGGACCGCCGUUAUUUGCCUGACGAGAACGGGAAAAAUGCACUUUUAGGUUUUUCAGGAAACUGCGUGGGCUGUGGGGAAAAGGGUUUCAGAUACUUCACUGAGUUUUCCAACCAUAUCAACCUGAAGUUAUCCACGCAGCCCAAGAAGCAGAAGCACUUAAAAUACUACCUGGUGAAGAACUCUCAGGGUGCUCUGUGCAAAGGACCCCUCAUCUGCUGGAAAGACUGCAAAACCCGUCCAUUCUCCAGCAGCACAUUAACAUCCAAACCAAGCUCAUCAUCCUCCCUCAGUAGUAAAGAAAAUGGAGGCACCAGUGGACACAGCUCAUCUCCAUUUUCCCUCUCAGAUUCUCCACCCACCAGAGCGACGCAGACAUCAUCUGUCUUUUUUGGAAGUCAGGACCUUGGAAGAGACUGCAGUUUCCUCAAACCUCUCACAUCCACACCGGGAAACAAGACUCUACCUAUAGUACCCACAGCUCUAAGGGUGGCUGUGCCAGCUAACGGCUUGAGUGUUGAUGGACGUCCUCCUUUACUGAGCCCCUCUCAGGUCACUUUAGGACCUCAGAGUCAGGGUUACCGUACUGCUGAACUUGGAGACAGUCCCGUGUCCUCGGCCAUGAACUCAGGUCCUCCAAAGAAACGCCAUCGGAGCUGGCACCCCGGCUCAUUGGUGCCUGUCCCACCGAAGGCCGUCCCUGUGCCGGCCAUCCGUCCUAUAGUUUGCUCUCCAGGCUCUGUACUAGGAGGAUCAUCUCCUCAGCCAUCAGCAGCAGGAGUCAUUCAGCCCCAACCCAUCACAGCUGGAGAAACAGUCAUUGUCCCUGACAACCUGCUCAACUCUUCAGGAGUUCGCCCUGUCAUCCUUAUCGGGCACGGCACUUUACCUUAUUUCUAUGGGAAUGUUGGAGAUAUAGUGGUGAGCCCCCUGCUGGUCAGCUGCUAUAAGAGCAACCAGCUGACAGAGAAAACCCUGGAGACGCUGGGUCUCAACAGCAGCCAGCUCCUCUGUGUGGAGACGAUGAUCCUGCUUACCUUGCAGUAUCUUGCACGUUUAGGCUCAGAGCAGAUUCCCCUGAGAGAGGAGCUGGAGCAGAUUGUUCUGAAGGCCAUGCUCUGCUGCCCUGGGGGUCCUGCCAUUUCCCCCUCUCAGCUUCCAUGGUUGGCGCGGCUUGAGGCCAGCGUCUCUGGUGGCAGCGUCCAAGUAGUGGUCACCCACAACUCUUUGGGAGAGGGUAUCUCUGAGUCACUCCGCUCACUCAGUGAGGGUCCUCACCACCAGCAGUGCCUGCCCACCUACGUUGUCAUCAUCUGUGCCUCCAAAGUGAGCGGCAACGAGUUCUGUGUGCUUGUUUUGGGGAAGUACCAGGCACGGGCCUUAGCUGAAGGUAUGCUCACAACUAAUGAGUUUCUGAAGGAGAUCAGCUAUGAACUCAUCACAGGGAAAGUCAGCGUUUUGGCAUCUCACUUUAAGACCACAUCACUGGGUGACAAUCUGGACAAGCAGCUGGUGCGGUACCAGCGCCGACGGAAGGGACAGGUCAUCCAGCCCUUCCAGGGCGAUGUCACAGACUACAUCCACUCCCAAGAGGCUGCCAGCAUGUCACCUUCCUCAGGCAGAGCUGCAGAGAUGAUAAAUAAGGUCUUUCAGAUCUAUCCCACCCAGCUGAGUGUUGCCCGUAGCCUCCUUUCUCAAGUCUGCUCCAUUGCUGACUCAGGAACACAGAAUCUAGACCUGGGUCGAUUUUGUAAAGUAGACUUUCUGGUUUUGGUGCCUCCUUCUCAUGUUCUGGUUCACCAGACAGCACAGCGCAUCCAGCAAUCAGGAGUACUGGUGGACCUGGGAAUUGAAGACGUCUCCUCAGCCUACCAGAAAUCAGACAAGUAUGUGGUGCGUCUGGACGGUGACGUCCAUGCGAAGAUGGAGGCUUUCAUGAAGAAAGUCAAACAGAACCCCUACACUCUGUUUGUCCUCAUUCACGACAACUCACACGUUGAUCUCACAAGUGCUCUGUCAGGCUCUGUGUGCCACGGGGAGCUGCAGGGUUUGGCUGACCGGGUGGUGAACUGCCAGGAAGUCCUGGGUGCCAUGAACCUCCUGGUCCUGCAGGUCAGCUGCUUCCCACACACACUGCAGACACACCAGUCCCGCAUCAGCAUCCACAAUGAAGUCCACUGGCCCUCCAACAAAAGUCUGCAGGGGGAGCAGUCUCCUCAUGAGUUGAGCUACUUUGGCCUGAGGGACUACAGCAGCUCCCUGCAGUGGGGCGUGGCCAGCCCCAUCCUGCGCUGUGAUGAUGCCUUUGAGAAGAUGGUCCACACUCUGCUGGAGAGACAUCCCCAUCUCCACAGCAUGGUGAUCCGCAGCUACCUGCUAAUUCAGCAGUACACUGAGGCCAUGAUGGCGUUGACCUCCUCCCCCUCCCUGAGAGACCACAUCACCCCAGAGACCCUGGCCAUGGUGGAGGAUCUGAUCAAUGCUCCCAGCAGAGAGGGCUCACAGGGCCGAGGCCACAUGCUGCUGGUGCGAGUUCCCUCGUUACAGUUGGCUAUGCUGGCCAGGGAGCGACUGGAGGAUGUGAGAGACAAACUGGGGCUCCAGCUGUGCUUCGCUGUGCUGCUGGGAAGUCCCGCAUCUGAACUCAGCUUGCCCAGAAACUUCAUCAACCGCCUCAGGGCGUGGAGGGGCCUUGAGAAUGAAGACUGGGUACCACAUACUUAUGAAGAUCUGGAGGGGCUGCCCUGCAUCGUCAUCCUAACAGGGAAGGACCCUCUCGGAGAAACUUUCCCCAGGUCUCUGAAAUACAGCGACCUCCGCCUAAUAGACUCUAGCUACCUGACUCGCACAGCCCUGGAGCAGGAGGUGGGUCUUGCCUGCACCUAUGUAUCCAAGAGUAUCAUCCAGGAGCCCAAGAAGGACAUGACCUCUCAAUCAGAUGGAGACAAGGCCACCACUAGCUGUAAUGAUGGAGAUGAGCUGGAAAGACCUCAGAGCAAUGGCAGCGCUGCAACUAGAACUUCUGGCUCUCUAGCAGAAAACGGCGUCAGUUCAUCAGACAUUGCAGACUCUUCCCAGAAGCCUUCCACCUCCACCUGCCCUCCCGAAGGAACCUCAGACAUGGGGUCAACUCAAGGCUUCAAUCAUGAAUGUGACUCCCUGGGAAGCCAACUUACCUCCAACCCCUCCAAAACCUCCAAAGCUCCUCCUUCUCUUUGCUCAAGUUCCUCCUCGUCCUCCUCUCCCUCCCCAUCUUCUUCAUCCACCCAAAGGCCCAGCCAGUCCACACAAUGUAGUCGAGACCCUAAACCCACCCGGGUGUCACCUAGGACGAUCAUCAUGUCCCGGGCGGCGUAUAAUCUGCUGUCAGGGGAGUCGGGUAGUCAGCUGAGCUCCUUCUCUCUGCUGCCUCAUGCAGACGUGGCCUGGAGCAGCCCACUUAGGCCGUUUAUCACCCAAAAUCUGCAAGGGGCAGAGCAGAGCAUGUACUACCGCCAGUGGACAAUAGCCCGGCAACAUCACGCUGACUAUGAAGCUCCACCUGUGCCACAUCCACGACGUCUGCUGCUCAGUGGACCCCCACAGGUGGGAAAAACUGGCGCUUAUCUGCAGUUUCUGCGUAUCCUGUUCCGAAUGCUAAUCAGGCUGUUGGAAGUGGAUGUGUAUGACGACGGGGAAGAGGAGGAGGAGGAAGAAGAAACAUCAGAAGCUACAACCCCAGUGAACACCCAGUGGCCUGACAUUGAGGAAAUGCAAAAGCUGCCCUUUGACCCCAACCCCCGGGACCCUAAGUUCAGGAAAGCCAGCCCUGUUUACACCAACAAGAUGCCAAAGUGCUUAAAAGAUUCAAAGCCAGAAGGAGAGAGCCAAACAGCAGCCAAACAAGAAACCAAGUCCAUACGUCUGAGUAGGUUUGCUGCCUAUAACGCCUUUCAUCACUGUGAACAGUGUCAGCACUACUGUGAAGCUGGCCCGGCCCCACAGUUAUCAGAGUGCACCUUCCAUGCCUUCACCUUCUCCUCAUCCAUGCUGGGCGAAGAGGUUCAGCUCCAAUUUGUUAUUCCUAAAGCCAAGGAGGAGCACUUUGUCUUCAGCCAACAGGGCAGCCAUCUUGAGAGCAUGCACCUGCCUCUGGUCUCCACAAAGGACCCUAAUAUGUUAAAGAGUCCCAUCUUCACCCCGACGAUGGGACGCCAAGAGCAUGGCCUGCUCAACAUUUUCCACGCCAUGGAAGGCGCCGCUCAUCUGCACAUUCUUGUGGUCAAGCAAUUUGAGAUGCCGCUCUACAGGAAGUACUGGCCCAACCACAUUCUGCUCGUUCUGCCGGCCAUGUUCAACAAUGCAGGAGUCGGUGCUGCAAGAUUCAUGAUCAAAGAGCUGUCAUACCAUAACCUGGAGCUGGAGAGAAACCGACUGGAAGAGCAGGGUGUCAAGAGGCAAGAUGUAUGGCCUUUUAUUGUCAUGAUGGACGACUCCUGCGUGUUGUGGAACGCCCACCAGCCAGCUGACAACAGUGAGACAUCAGUUGGAGGUUCAACUCUCACAGACGUAUCUUUGAAAACGGUGCUACAGCAUAUGGAAACUACACCAAAGGUCACCCUGUAUGCCAUGUGUGGUGCACGCAAGUGGAGCAGCAACUUUGCUCGCAAGUCUCCCCACCAAACCUUCAGCCGGUGCCACCUCCACGACUUUGUUAUGCUCAAUGUGGACUUGACACAGAAUGUUCAAUAUGACCUAAACCGGUACAGCUGUGAGGAGGUGGACUUCAAUCUGAGGGUGAACAGCAGUGGGCUGCUGAUGUGUCGUUUCAACUACUUCAGCUUCAUGAAGAAACACAUUCCCGUUGGGGGAAACAAAGACUUCCUGGUCAAACCGAAACUCAUGGAAAUAGAAAACCCUGCUCCUAUCAGCCCAUUGCAGUAUGUCUGCGCUCCAGACAGCGAGCAGACCCUACUGGACGCCCCGGCCCAGUUCCUGCUUGAAAGGUUCCUGCAAAGCUGCAGCCACAAACUGUUUCCAAAGGCUGUUCAGAACAGAAACAACCCAGUUCUGUCCAUCGACAGCUACCUCAACAUCAGCCCAGAGAUUUCUGUGUGCUACAUCAACUCAAGACCACACUCCACCAACCUGAACCAUCAGGGCUUGCUGUUCAGUGGCCUGCUGCUUUACCUUUGCGACUCUUUCGUCGUCUCUGGGCUCCUUAAGAAAUUCCGCUUCCUCAAAGGUGCAACUCUCUGUGUGAUCAGCCAGGACCGGAGCUCCCUGCGUCAGACCAUCGCCCGACUGGAGCUGGAGGACGAGUGGCAGUUCCGACUGCGGGAUGAGUUUCAGACAGCCAACUGCAGUGAGGACCGGCCCCUCUACUUUCUGACAGGCAGCCAUGUCUGAACCUGAGGUCCUGCUGCUGCUGAAACACAAUCAGACAUGAGAAUUCAGACUACAAAUCAGCAAGUAAUCACAAUUCCUGCCAUUCCAGUGAAAGGCCAGGUGGCAAUGGGCAGGAGCACAGAUCUAAAGUGCCCUACAAGCGGACACCUAAUGUGGCUUUCCUUAAAUCUGCACCAUCAUAGUGCACUGUGCCUGGCUCUGAUGAGGGUCAGGGUGGAUUUAAACUCUAGCUUGUAGCUGGGCUUUCCUCCACUUGAGCUUCUACUGAAAAUACCCUGCUGUGAGAAAAUAGCACAGCUGGAACUGAACUUUAAUUUGUUUCUUUGUUGUAUUUUUGCAAAAAUGGAUGCUUUCCCAUCGAUGAUGUGACUAUUUGAAGAUUGUAAUGUGUACACGAACUAUGAAAGUACAUCUCAUGCUGGAUGUAUUUGUUUAUCUCAGGGUUUAAAAGGGAGAUCCAAGGAUGGUCGCUAGAAGAGGUGAAGCUUUUCUCCACUACAUUAACUUACGUUGGCACCAAAGACAUCCUCUGCUGCACCUUGCCUUUUCCUGUUCUCUUUCUUCACACCUGCUCUGCCUCGAGACUCUUAACAGAUUAAUUCAUUUAAGAAACACUAACAUAAAGGUCUGCCUGGUUUGGAUUUCUACCAGUAGUUAUACAAGCAAUUAGUGAUUUAUCUUAAAACAACUACGAGAUGUUCUAAUCCCAUAUUUUCCCUCCCUAAUACUUAAACUUGAGUAUUUGUCCUUGAAAAAGCACAGAUUGCUGACAUUGUACACUCUCUGCUAACACCACAUUGUCAUUUUUUGUUAUUUUCACACACUAUUUUACCCAAAGCCAGUGGACUGUUAGGAGCAAAUGGUUAUGGUAUUGUAUCAGCUUCAGUAAGGAAAACAGAGAAUUGAAUCAUCUCUUUAUUAACUAACUAGAUUUUUGGCAGUAUCAGAGGUCAAUAUCGAUACAGGUAUAAGUUACAAUCAAUCAGUUACAUGCAAAUCGAUGCAUUUGCGAUGCAUUUUUUAUGUUAUCACUACAGAAGAAAAAAGAUACGAACAUCUCCAAAUAAAUUGCCACAUACCACAAGUUUGGUAGUAAGGGAAACGGAUAUCCUUACUCAUAUCAGUAUCAGUGCUGAUAUUGGUCACACUGCAGAAGCUGAUAUCCAUACUGGUUUCAGCAUCAGUGCUGUUAUCAGUCUAAGUUAUUUAGAGACAAUUACAAAACUGAUUAACAAGCUGCCAUAUUUAAUGCAGUAUCAGAGAUCAAUAUGAUACUGGUUUCAAUAUCAGCACUGAUUUCAGUCAUACUUAGAACGAAUGGUUAUUGUGUCAUAUGCGUUUCAAGAAUCAGAUCAUCUUUAAAUACAUUUUCCUAAGGGAUGCCCAAUAUUUGGAAUUUUGCCGAUAUCUGAUUGCUGGUAUUUACAAUUUUAGUUUAGACGAUAUCACUACCAGUGUAUCGAUGUCGCUCAGACCUAACCAGACACUUUUUAGUUUAAGGAUCAACAAAGACACAAACUUAAUUCCUAAAAUCACACUUUAGAGUUAUAGCAAUGAUGAUAAAAAGACUGUUUGUACUGCCUACAACUCUACAAAUGUAUUCGUACAUACUGCCUUUAUUAACAACCAAUAUAUGCUGAUAUUUACUGCUGACUUUUUAAGCUAAUGGUUUUAGUAUCAUGUCAGUAUAAGGAUGGCAAAAACAGUAUGAGAAUACCUCUAAAUAAAUUAACAUGUUAUGGGGCAAAGAAUUAAACUUGCACACUUAUCAGUCUUUGUUGUAUUGAGAUCCUGCAGACAAAGCCAGUUAGGCUUUGUUGAAGGCCAUUAUAAAUUCUUGUUUCAGUCUCAGAGCAACUAUAUAGUCUUUAAACUGCAAAAGGAAAUUACUUUUCUCUUGUGCCUCUAAAAUAUUUAUGUGGCAUUGAUUAUCCUGUGUGGUUUUAGUCUCCACUUAAUUUAUCCAUUUUAAUCCAAAAACUAUUGAGGAAAGUUUAUCAAGAAUGUAUAAUGUUAAUGUUGUGUUAGGCUUUAACAUUCAAUAACCAAUCCAACCUGCAGUCCAAAAACAGACUACUCAUAGUUUUACUUCUCUUUUUAAUGCCAAUCAGACAAAGAAACAUGCAGGCAUGUCUGAUAUGCUCUUACAGACAUGUUCUUGCAUUAAAGUAUUUAUGUUGACUUUAAUACUGGUAUUGUAAUCACAUUAUGUCAGUAAAUGCUGUAAAUAAUCACUGCCAAAUGUCCUGUUACUGACUGUGCCUGGAUUUCAACUCCUGUUACAAUGCGUCGAGGCUGAUUUUACAUUGAUGGUUUUCACCAUCAUCCACAAGUUAUAUUUCUAAACUUCCCGCCAAAGAAAUCAAUGAAUAAGAUGGAGAAUGUCUACAUCAGCUGACCAGACCAUUUCAUAUACUUGAAGGAAGAAUGUUUUUAUAUGUUUCUGCACAGGGUUGUCCAAAGAAUAUGCCUUAAGUGAGGUUUCAUAUGGUCACUGUUGAAGUCAUGUAGUUUUUAUUUUGGCCAAUAAGAAUAAAGAAACCAUUUGACUGUGAGGGAAAGAAAUGAAGAAAUAGAAAGAAUUGGAGUUUGGACUACUGUACUGUUUAAAGCUUUGUUUACAUUAUUAAUAUAUUCUCCCCUUAGCCACUUAAGGUUACUGAUGUUUUUUUAAGUCUUGUGUAACUUUUACCAGUAUGUUUGGUCAUAAUGUCUUUCUACAUUUUAUGUGAUGUUGCAAAGGCAAGAAGAAUCUACCUAGAUGUGUCCUUACCAAUAUGUCUGUGUCCCUUCCUGUUCUUGUGUUGGAUUUUUGUUGAAAAUUAAAUCAAGUCCAUUGGGGGAUUCUUAUUUAUUUAACAAGCAUUUUGGACUGAUAAUCAUAUUGAAGUGUAAUAUUUGAUUGCAUGCUGAGCUCACUGAAAACAAGGGGAGCGUGUCCUCUUCAAAAACAUCAAUGAAGGCUUUGCACAAGACCCAAAACGAAUGAUUCUUCGAUCUAAUGAAUGUCAUGGGGGGCGGGAAAUGUGAACUUGCACUAUACAAGUUGCCAGCAGAAAAAAAUGUAUUUCCCACAAAAUGAAACCAAAAAUUAGACCAAAAAUAAGACUGGUGAUCAAAAAGUUUAAUUUAAACUCCAAAGGUCCAUGGAAUGUGUAUUUCUUUUUGAUAAUUUAACACUUAAUAUGCAACUUGCUCUCACAAUCUUCUCUGAAAUAUGUUUGAUGACCAUGUGCGGCCCAGUGCUAGCCUUGGUGUCUGGGUGAUCUACCUCAUGUUUACUAUUGUGGUUGCAGCCUGUGAACAUAUGACAUUAGUCAUGUUAUUGUUGUUGAAAAUUUAUGAAUGUAAUAAAAAAUACUUGCAAAAAUCA